CCAUUUUUUGGAGUCUUGUUAUUGGCUUACCCUGUGGGCAAAGAUUGGGGAAAAGUCACCGUUUCAAAUGUAGCUAAAUACUCGGUUGGCUGACGUCCACCUGUGGUUUUUAGUCUUGCCAGAUUGUAUUUUAGAAACAUGACGACGCUGUAGUUUGACUAUCGCUGAUGACCUUGAAUGUGUGUGUUAAGCCGCUCAGUUGCUCCUGCGGUCUGAGCUUUCCUGGACUGCUGUGAGUCGACAGACUCUCUGACAGGUGCGUCACUGACUGCAAAUAUGAGCCGUUUUCUGAACGUUCUCCGGAGCUGGCUGGUGAUGGUGUCCGUCAUCGCCAUGGGAAACACCGUGCAGAGCUUCAGGGACCACAGCUUCCUCUCAGAGAAACUGUACACGGGAACGCCAGAGUUUGUAAAUGGUCUCCAAGCUCGAACAUUUGGUAUUUGGACAUUGCUGUCGUCAAUCAUCCGCUGUGCCUGUGCCAUUGAUAUCCAGAACAGAACGCUGUAUCACAUUACUUUAUGGACAUUUGUGUUGGCACUGGGUCACUUUCUGUCGGAAGCAUUCAUCUACAAAACUGCACCACUGACUAUUGGAGUGAUGGCACCACUUAUUGUUGCAAGUUUUUCCAUCAUAGGAAUGCUUAUUGGAUUCCAAUGUUUUCCAGAGACUCAGGAAGAAACAGGAGCACGGCAGAAGAAGCGAAACUAGUUUCCUCCUCCUCCUAUUUUCCGAAUCCACCACCAGCACACAGGCUUGGACCAGUAAUUGUGUGCUGGCUUUGGCAUUAUGAAAGAAGUACACAUAUAAAUUACUUUUUUGAGAGACUUUGUAUUUUACCCUUUACAUCCUUUGUAUAAAUAUAUAUUUUAUUGUUGACAGUGCAGUAGUUCUGGGUUUACCAACUGGGUAAAUCCAGUUCUGGGUUUACCUAGCAAUAUUAUAAAAGGAUUAAGCCGCAUGGUAAUCUGGAAUAUAAUUUUUUCACUUCAUCUCUUUUUUUUUUAUCAGUUCAGACUUACCAAAGAACUGCAUCAUGUAAGUGUUUAGCACACACACACACACAGUAGCUGUUUAUUGAUUUUUACCUCAGAAACAAAGUUGAGGUUUUAUGAAUUCGCAAUAAAAAACUAUUUAUCUGCAGAGCAAUUCAGACAUCUUGAUUCUGAAGGUGUAAUUGUUUUUUUUUUGUUUUUUUUUGCAUUAUUUUUAGAAAAUCAUCCAUGUUCGAUAUUUGAAUUAAACUUCAUUUUUGCCAGCA